GUCGUGCUGCCUGAAGAGCCAUCAAAUGUCAAAUCAAAUUAUAUAUGAAUUUGUCACAAGUUGAAAUCGAAAGCCUCGUCGAUCGCCACUCGAUCGUGGCUCUAUAAAGGUUUCCUUUGUUGCAGUCGACGGACGGCAGUCCCAGCAUCAGCAUCAUCAUCACUCGGCACUCGAUUGUUUUGUAGAAGGACAGCUCUACGAUGAAAUCACUGAUGUUGCGCAUACGCAGUGUGGACCACGUGCUACUGCUCGUGCUGGUGGCAAUUGUCUUGGUCACAGCGAAACAGGAAACUGCAGCUCGUCAGUUUGGUGGCCAGAACUUUGGCAAUGGCCUGGGCCCCGCCUUCGGAGGCGGGUCUGGAUUCGGGCCGGGAAUAGGACCCGGACUGGGCCCCGGAUCCGGACCUGGAGCUACGGGAUAUCCGGGACAGGGACUGGGGCAGGGCUACGGACCGCCGCAGCAGCAGCCAGGCUGCCCGCUGUGCGACUCGUCGGUGUACACGUACUGCUCCCACAAGAUGGUCCACGACGCCUGUUGCUGCGAUUUUCCAGCCUCCGCCGGCCCCCAACUGCGACCGCCCCAGUGUUUGUACUACGACUGCUCGCUGCUGUAUGCCAAAUCCUGCUACGAACACGCCCUCAUCAAGAACUGCUGCUGCAAUAAUCCCUACUGACGACCAUUUAUCGGAAAAGCGGCCAACCCAAGUGAUUUGUUUGCCCUUCUGCCUAAUUUAUUUAUUCAAUCCAUUUAAAAUGCAUGUGCGCUGCGGACAGCUCAAUGUUAAAAUCAAAUUCAUGCGAUUGCUUAAUGCAAGCGGACGCUAAAUUAAAUUAAGUAAAUUAUUUGAAAAACCGAACGUUAGUUGUGUUGACAUUAUCUACGGACUAUUUGGCGGAACACUAAAAUGCGAAUUGAAAAUUGGCUUACCUGAGAAUGCUCUUUUCAGGACUAAUGUCAGAGUAAGCUCACCAUAGUUACUAAAAAAGGAUUACUAGUUGGAAUGCAAACAAUUAAACUUAUUUUAUGCGGGCUACAAUA